AUAACAAGAGCAUUAAUUAAUUAUCAUUGUAAACAUGAGGUGGUGUGUAGUGACACUUUUUGCACUAGUAGCCGUUUCGUCCGCAAGGCACAUAAGCCUUGAAGAUGUCAUCGAAAUGGAACAAAACGGUGCACAUGGAUACCUCAACAGAGUUGGCAUACCAUUAGCUGAAAAAAUUCGUAAAGCUGAGGAGGUGGGCCAGGAUGCUAGUAGAAUUGUUGGUGGCUCAUUUGCUGCAACAGGGCAGUUUCCUUAUCAGGCUGGUCUUCUUCUUCAUUUGCCGAAUGCUACGCCUUUCGGCGGUGGUGUACUAAUAUCGAAUAGAAGAGUUCUAACAGCUGCUCAUAAUUUCAAUGACGCCAUAGUAUCAGUAACGAGAGUUACUGUUGUUCUUGGGUCUACUACUAUUUUUAGCGGUGGUACCAGAAUAAGCACAAACAGCUACGUUUUACAUGAAAGUUAUAAUGCUGCCACUGUUAGGAACGAUAUUGCUAUGGUCAACCUACCCUCUGCUGUAGGGUUUUCAAAUACUAUUGCUGCCAUUGCCUUACCUUCCGGCUCACAACUCAACGAGAACUUUGUUGGGAGCACUGCAGUUGCAUCUGGUUUUGGAAAAACUGCAGACAUCGGAGGUGUGGUCGCCAACCAGCGCUUGAGUUUCGUGAACUUACCUGUGAUCUCAAACUCGGACUGCUCAAGAGUUUAUGCUAACUACCAUUCCACUAACAUAUGCACUAGUAGGGCUGGUGGAAGAAACAUCUGCACUGGUGACUCUGGAGGUCCUUUGGCCGUUACUAGGAAUAAUCGGCCUGUUUUGAUUGGUAUUACUUCGUUCGGACAUUGGCGUGGUUGCCAGGCUGGAGAGCCAUCUGCAUACGCGAGAGUCACUUCCUUCAUGAGUUGGAUUCAAAGGCGACUCUAAUAUUAGAAUUAUAUUAAUAAAAAUGACUGGAUUGUGCA